CACAUCCAGUCCCUCCUCACAGCAGCCCACUCUAAACUACCGAGCCCCCUCCUCCUCCUCCUCCUCCUCCAGUCCUCCUCCUCGUAAGGCUACUUGGCCAGAUGGUGUUGCCUUUUCUUUUGUUUACCCAUCGACCAUGAGUUGACCCAACUGUCCCUAGCUACUCAACUAUGGAUACUACCUGGGAGCCGUCAUUCGACAAGUAAAUAUCAGGAUGGGUGGCUCAACUUUAGGAAGGCUGUGCCAGAGCUGAGUCCAAAUUUUCACCCCUUUGCUGUAUUUGCCACUCGAUGGCAGAGCUUUCUGACUAGAAGACGCUCCAACUUGGCAGCCACUGAAAUGUUCUGAACAAAUAGAUGAGAGAAAAUCCUCUGGCACGAUGUUCAACCAAGUGGACACGUCAUCAAGGAGACGUCCUCACGGUGGCAAUGAGGCCAACCGGCCCCAUUCUCCUCCACCCCCCUCUGUGCAACAGAGGCGAAUCCGGGCUGUUGAGGUGGCCAGAGGAAGGACAGGUUACGGUUUCACUCUCUCGGGCCAAAGCCCGUGUGUCCUCGGCUGCAUCCUGAAAGGCAGCCCCGCAGACUAUGUGGGUUUGCGUUCAGGAGACCACAUCCUCUCAGUGAACGACAUCAACGUCUCCAGGGCAUCCCAUGAAGAUGUGGUCAAAUUGAUCGGACGCUGCACAGGCAUUUUAAAGCUGGUCAUUGGUGAAGUGGAGCGUCACAAGCGACACCAACAACGUGGCGCUGGCAGUCGUCACCAUAGCAGCAACACUAUGGCUGCAGCUUACCUGGACUCGUGCUCCAGCGACGACGAGUUGGACGGCCUCUACGACAACAGUGUCAACAAUAACAGCAGGACUGCUGGCGGAGCUCGUGGGGGCUGGUUGAGACCCAAAAUGGAUUCAAAGCAGUUCGGCAUCAACCGUGCCGAGCGCGUCGUGGCGGAGUUGCAGUCCGGAGGAAUUUUCAACAUGAUCUUUGAGAAUUCCAGCCACUCGUCCAGCAGUUCUGACAAGGACAGACCCGGACAUACCUCAUCGUCCAAACCACGUCCGAUGUCUGAUCCCGAGCUUCCUGCAUGUCGAAACUCCACCCGCUCUCACAGCAACCCUGUCCUGCUCUCUGAGGAGGAGAUGGCCCAAGUUCUAAAUGACGACUCGGUUUUCCUGGACUCUGGUUUUCGACAUCUCCACCUCCACGAGGAGCAGUACAUAGAUGUCUGUGAUGGGCGGGACUUGGUCCUAGAUCCAAAUCAAGACAUUGUCAAUGUGGGCAUGAUUGUGGGCUACCUGGGAUCUAUUGAGCUGGCCUCCACGGGCACCAGCCUGGAGAGUGACAGCCUGCAAGCUAUCAGAGGAUGCAUGAGGCGCCUCAGGGCAGAGCAAAAGAUCCAUUCUCUGGUCCUCAUGAAGGUCAUGCAUGAUAGUGUGCGCCUGUGCAGCGACAAAGGCCAGAUCCUUGCCAUAUAUCCUGCAGAAAAACUAGCAUUCAGUGCCUGUUGUCCUGAUGACCGGCGGUUCUUUGGACUGGUCACCAUGCAGGCCGCAGAUGAAGACUGUCACCUCAGUAGAGGACGAUACGAAGACGGAGGUUUGAGGACUUCUUGCCACGUGUUCAUUGUGGAUCCUGAGCUGUGUCACCACCAGGUACAUGUGGGAGUGGCCCAGAGGUUUGGCUUUGAAUGUACCCCUGACCCAGACACGGGAGGCUGCCUGGAAUUCCCACCCACUUCUCAGUCUCUCCUCCACUUUGUGGCUGUACUUUACCGGGACAUGAGGGACAACAUUGAGGGCAUCCGAGCCAGAGCCUUUCACGAUCCAGAUAACGAUGCCCAGCAGAACCACAGCACCAGCAGUAAUAGUGAUAGCGGGAUUGGGAACUUUUUACCUGAGGAGAAGAGUAACAGAGUGCUCUUAGUUGACCUGGGAGGGCCACUUAACCACAAUCACGUCUCCGGGCCGCGUCAUUGGGACAGCCCACCUUCCUCCCAGCAGGCUUGGAGCCCCACCCUCGGAGCCGCUGCCUCUCACCCACCUCCUCCUCCCCCGCCCGCUAUAAGGAAUAGCCACUACCGCCAUGAAGCGUACCUGGCCGACCUGCCUCAUCCCCUCCCGCUGGCGCACACCGACGCUAGACACGCUCGAGGGGCCCAUCCGCAUCACUACUCGCAGGGAAAGUGGGGAGGAGCCGUCGGAGGCGGGGACAAAAGAGGCACCGGAGGAGGGGUGGAGCCUCAGCGCUGGCUGCCAGUCCAUGUGCUGCGAGACUGGCACCAGCAGCACCACCACCUCCAAGGCUUGAGCAGCGAUCAAGAGUCGUACGCCGAAUCCACUGACGGCUGGUCAUCGGCUAAUUGCAGCACCCUGCCUCCACCCAUGAAUAAGAUCCCGGCCGACCGUUACCGGGCCCCGCUGGUCCCGGGGGACCACCUGCCGCCACCUGGAGGAAGCCAGCCUGCGCCUGUUUUACAUGCCCAGACCCACACCCAGAAGCUGAAAGAUGAAUGGGCCAAGAAACUUUUUGGUGCUGGCGACAGAGAGAGGAGCGAACCCGAAAAGAAGCGUGGGGCUGCCAAAGACGCAGAGAAAAAGGGUGGUCGCUUCCGAGGUCUGACAAUGGGUUUCCCUCCUCUCCCCCAGCGUUCCUCAGGCAGACGCUCCUUCGGACGUUCCAAACGUCUCAGCCUGGCCCGCUCCCUGGAUGAUCUGGAGUCUACUGCAGUUUCCGACGGAGAACUGAACAGUGUGGAGCUGCAGGGCUGCAGCAGUGACAAUAGUCUGAACAGUAAUGCCAGCCUCCCCAGUGUGCAGAGUCACCGGCGCCACACCGAGAGGAGAGUGGCCAGCUGGGCCGUGUGCUUCGAGAGGCUGCUGCAGGACCCCGUGGGAGUCCGCUACUUCUCGGAAUUCCUGAAGAAAGAGUUCAGUGAGGAGAAUAUUUUGUUCUGGCAGGCUUGCGAGUUCUUCAGCCACGUCCCUGAAAAUGACAAGAAGCAGUUGUCUCAGCGAGCCAGAGAGAUCUACAACAGUUUCUUGUCCAGCAAAGCCACCACGCCGGUCAACAUUGACAGUCAAGCUCAGCUCGCUGACGACAUCCUCAAUGCCCCCCGACCUGAAAUGUUCAAGGAGCAACAGUUACAGAUUUUCAACCUGAUGAAGUUUGACAGCUAUACACGUUUCCUCAAGUCUCUCCUCUACCAAGCCUGUAUGUUAGCAGAGGUGGAAGGCCGACCCCUGCCUGACCCUUACCACGUACCCAGCAGCCCCACAUCCAAACACAGCACUACCGGCUCGGACCGCUCCAACCUGUCCACACCCAAGAAGGAGGACAAAAGGAGCAAGUCAGGCCGCUCUUUGAAUGACGACAGCCGGGAUGAUUCGGGAGACCGCAGGAAGGGCAUGUUCUUCUCCUGGUCUCGCAACAGGAGCUUUGGCAAAGGCCCAAAGAAGCGAGAACUAACCGACUUUAAUUACAAUUUCUCCGGUAGCAAUGGUCGCCGUGAGUCCCAGGGUUCUCUGUCCUCGGGCGCCAGUUUGGAGCUAGGGAUGACUGCUUCUGGGAAGAAUGAGGGAGAUGUUUCCCGUGUGGGGGUAUCAGAACGUGGAGGAGGCAGCGCCGUCCUGAGGCAGUGUAACAUCAACCUGCCAGAUGGUUCUUGUUGCUCUGUGCCGCUGAGGGCCGGUGUGUCCAUCAGGGAAUUGUUGCUGGGGCUCUGUGAGAAGAUCUGCAUCAACCUGGCAGCUAUCGACCUCUUCUUGGUCGGAGGGGAAAAGCCACUUGUUUUGGAUCAAGACUGCAUGACGUUGUGUUCUCGGGACCUCCGACUUGAAAAGCGCACUCUUUUUAGGCUAGAUUUGGUCCCUAUUAACCGCUCGGUGGGCCUAAAAGCAAAGCCCACCAAGCCAGUGACGGAGGUUCUCAGGCCGGUGGUGGCCAAGUAUGGUCUGCACCUCUCCGAUUUGGUUGCACGUAUUAGUGGCGAAUCGGAGCCCUUAGAUCUCGGUCUUCCCAUAUCCAAUCUGGAUGGGCUGCGAGUGGUAUUGGAUUCGGUGGAUCACAUGCCGGGAAAGGCACCGUCCAAAAGCCACAUCGGGGCUUCCACAAGCAGGAACCAAUCAACAACAGGGGAGGACAGGCAGUCAAGGAAAGCCGCUUCCACCCACCCCCAUGGGGAAAAUGGCAAGGCUGGGCCCGGCCUUGACACAAGGAGCCAGGCCUUACCCAACCACUCUGUCUCUCUUCAUAAGGCUCCGGAGAAAAGAAAGCAGAAAAAGAUUAAUAUAGACGAAGCUGAAGAGUUCUUCGACCUCAUAUCCAAAGCUCAGAGCAACAGAGCUGACGACCAGCGAGGCCUGCUGAACAAAAGUGACCUGCAGCUGCCAGACUUCCUGCGCCUGUCACCGUCGGCGACCGGUCGAGCCGCGCCUCUGCCCUUUGACCCCGAGCCCGGUUGUUCCACCCCUCACUCCCGCAACCCUGGCAACGGUAGCGCUCGCUUGGGGAGCAAGGCCAGCCACAACGAAAGGGCAAGCGGCAGCCAUAUUCUCAAUGCUCAUCAUCAGUCUCAAAGUUUGGACUCUGCGUUGGGCUCUGACAUUGGAGGGUGGGCGAGCGCCAGGCCCCCUUCUUCGCUGUUUCCCGCCACAAUCUCUCCCAUCCACCCGUCCCAGGAGGCCCAGCACGGUGCAUUCAAGGACACCGGCAGAGGGUCAUCAGUCCAGAUGCUGGAGGAGGACUCCUUGUCUGACCUGACUCUAGUGGGCGAAGGGGACAUCAAUAGUACCAGCCUCAACUACGUCACCCCCUCCAGCCUGCAGUCCAAACCCCAUCCCCAAUCCCAACAGCAAGCACGGGACAUUCGGCCUAGCUCAGGUACUUCCCCCGUGUGACCUUUCACCUCUCCUUUCAGCCACCUCCGAGCGGUCGUGGCCUCUUUUGAGUCAGUUUGACGUGCCCUGUUGCCCGUUUUCACUUGAGACUUGAAUGCAUCCACAUCUCCUCCCUUUCUUUAGUCCUAACGUGGGGCAAUAAAAACACUCCCUGUGGCACAGAAGCAUUUGCUUUUAGUGUAACUGUACAAUUGCUUACACUACAAAUGUAUUAUAAUAGUCAUGUCUGCACUGUGACUUAAGUUGGUCAUACACAAGACAGAAAGCUGAAGCGGGGAUAAAUGGAUGCAUUAUGUCAAAGGUCACAAGAUGUCCUUGGAAUUUUCCUACAUGGUGUGCGUAUGUAUCUGUGUGACUUGCUGUGGAUUUUCCUUUUUCUUUCCCUGAGACUUUAUAGUGAGGGAGGAGUGCAAGGAUGACUCGUGGCAACCUCUCAUCCAGCACCCUUCACCAAAACAACAUAAUGAUGCACUUUAGCCCUUUACGAACAAAACUCCGUGCGCGUGUUGAAAUCACUCGUUUACCUUGACACACUAAAAGAAAGGAAAUUAACUUAUAUGAUGUACGGUUGAUGUGAGCGUAUCAUUUCCAGCUUUGUGCACACUCGCCAUACAAAUGCAGAUUUUCUGCUAUAGUAGCAUGAACGAACACAUUUGCUCAGCUGUUCUUUGUUCCAACUUGAGUACAGUACACUCUGUUUUCACCACUCUCACCUCGGGCACUCCUAAUGCCAUUCAUGCAAACACAGGCCACAGUCAUUGUGCACGCUGACACUGCUUGCAGACCAAAAAGAGCCAGAAGGUUUUGCACCCACUUUUCAGUUUGUCUUUUUUUGCACAAAAUCACAAAGUUGUUAUGUUUGAAAGGUUUUCACAGAGUAGUAGCUUCCCGCAGCCACUCGAAUAGAAUCAGGUAGGUAAGAGGUAUUUGUAAUCGGACGCAUUCCGUCAUUUUGCCUUUCUUCUAUAUAUGUCACAACAGAACAGAUUUGAAAUAAAACAAUCAACGUUGAAGCGUAUACUCUUAGCUUUACUUCAAAAGGUUUCCCAAAUUCCAAUUGUCCUUGACAUUUUAUUCACAGUACAGUGCCUCCAUAUUCAUCUGCCAAUCCAUUUUCUCAAAGACAACACUGACAUCACUGACUACAGAACUUAAGCUGCAAACCGCCAGUGUCACCUCCAUUUUAACCGAAUAUGUGGAAUAAUGUAAAUAUAACUAUCAUUUUAAUAAGUUAAUUUUAACAAGGCAAAAGUCAACAAAAACUCAAAUGCUUCUCAACUCACUACAUUAUAAUGACUAAGCACUCCACCUUUUCUGUUGUGUUGUAUACUUGAUGAAAUAUUAAUUUAUCUCACCUUAUAUUUUUUACCCUGUCAGUAAAACAAAAAGUGUUCAUUUGUACGCAGCCAAACAAGUGAAAUCCCCACGUUGCUCUUGUUCAUCUGCAUUGCAGCCAUGCUGUUUCUUCAGCUCUGCUCUCUCUCAAACUGUCUGUAAAUAGAUAAAAUAAAUGUUAAUAUCUUGAA